AUGAAUUCGAUACUACGUACAGUGUUUGUAGGGCACGUCCUUCGCUCAGGGAGCACGACGGGUCCUACAUUGAAUAUCGGCAAGUCCAUACUGGAAUGCCAAUCGUCUUAUCUAUAUAAGGCGCAUGAUACGGAAGAAUUCCAGAUAAUUAAAUUUAAAUAUAUAUUUACAAACCAGAAAGCUCUACAAAAACUGAACUAUAUGCUCUGCGGUGUAUCAGCAUGGUGGUGGCACGCUGUGAAUGUGCUGCUGCACGCUGCCUGCUGCGUGCUGGUCGCGAGAACUGGCGCUGUAGUGGCGCGCCUGCAGCGACCGUUCGCUGCUCUCGCUGCUUUGCUUUUUGCUGUCCACCCUAUACAUACGGAGGCGGUGAGUCUAUUUUAA